AUGCUGCGCUAUUUGCUAAAAAUGCUGUUGCAAAUGAACUUAUUUGCCGAUACCCUAGCUGGGGACAUCUCCAACUCCAGCGAGCUGUUCUUGGGCUUCAAUUCCUCGUUGGCGGCGCUCAACCACAGCCUGCUGCCCCCCGGCGACCCCUCUCUCAAUGAGUCUAGGGUAGGGCGGAAGGACGCGAUGCCGCGCAUCGUGGAGCAGCCUCCAGAUCUGUUAGUGUCACGAGGCGAACAAGUCACUCUACGCUGCCGCGCCGAGGGCCGGCCCCGGCCCAAUAUCGAGUGGUACAAGAACGGGGCGCGUGUGGCUACUGCGCGCGACGAUCCGCGUGCACACCGCCUGCUACUGCCCAGUGGCGCCCUCUUCUUCCCGCGCAUCGUGCACGGGCGCCGCGCGAGGCCGGACGAAGGCGUCUAUACUUGCGUAGCCCGAAACUAUUUGGGAGCAGCGGCUAGCAGAAACGCCUCUCUGGAAGUGGCAGUGCUCCGAGACGAUUUUCGGCAGUCUCCUGGAAACUUGGUGGUGGCGGUGGGGGAGCCAGCUGUAAUGGAAUGCGUGCCUCCUCGAGGCCACCCAGAGCCCUUGGUUUUCUGGAAGAAGAACAGUGCAAGAAUUAAGGAGGAAGUGGGAAGGAUCGCGAUCCGUGGAGGGAAGCUGAUGAUGUCACAUACACUCAAGAGUGACGCAGGAAUGUAUGUGUGUGUGGCCUCCAACAUGGCAGGAGAGCGCGAAAGUGGGGCAGCUGAACUUCUGGUACUAGAACGCCCCUCAUUCCUGCGUAGACCAGUGAAUCAGGUGGUCCUGGUUGAUGCUCCAGUGGAUUUCCCAUGUGAAGUGCAAGGGGAUCCCCCUCCUCAGCUGCGCUGGCGCAAGGAGGAUGGGGAAUUGCCCGCAGGCAGGUAUGAAAUCCGGAGUGACCACAGCCUUUGGAUUGGGCGGGUGAGUGCUGAAGACGAGGGGACUUACACCUGUGUGGCCGAGAACAGCGUGGGCCGUGCUGAAGCGUCUGGCUCCCUCCGUGUUCAUGUCCCACCCCAGCUUGUGAUACAACCCCAAGACCAGAUGGCAGCUCUUGGAGAGAGUGUGGCUUUCCAAUGUGAGACCAAAGGAAAUCCCCAACCUGCCAUCUUCUGGCAGAAAGAGGGGAGUCAAGUUCUGCUUUUUCCCAGGCAGUUGAUGGACAAGCCUACAGGGCGCUUCUUGGUCUCUCCAAGAGGCCAGCUGAACAUUACUGAAGUGCAGAGAGGAGAUGCUGGUUACUAUGUGUGCCAGGCUGUCAGUGUGGCUGGCAGCAUUCUGGCCAAGGCCCGGUUGGAGAUAAAAGAAGCAUCCUUGGAUGGGCUGCCUCCAGUCAUCCUCCAGGGACCACCCAAUCAGACGCUGGCACUAGGCUCCUCUGUGUGGCUGCCAUGCAGAGUAACAGGCAACCCUCAACCCAGUGUUCAGUGGAAGAAAGAUGGGCAGUGGCUGCAAGGGGAUGAUCUCCAACUCAACCUAUUGACCAAUGGUACCCUGCACAUUGCCAACGUGCAGAAGACAGAUAUGGGUCUUUACAGCUGUGUAGCUAAGAGUUCCACAGGCGAGGCCACAUGGAACGGCUGGCUUAGGAUGCAAGAAAAUUGGGGCAUGUCAUCACAGCCCCCUAUAGAACUCAGUAUUCCUCCGGGGCCUCCCUCUCAGCCACUGGUCACUGAGAUCACCAAGAACAGCAUCACCCUGAGCUGGAAGCCCAAUCAACAGGCUGGGUCCACAGUUACUUCUUAUGUGAUAGAGGCCUUUAGUCAAGCAACUGGCAACACAUGGAAGACAGUGGCAGAUGGUGUACAGUUGGAGACUCACACAGUCAGCGGUCUGCAGCCCAAUACUGUCUACUUGUUCCUGGUUCGAGCUGUGGGUACCUGGGGUCUCAGUGAACCCAGCCCCAUUUCUAAGCCUGUCCGCACCCAGGAAAGCAGCCUCUUCCGGCAAGUGGAGGAUCCAUGGAGAGGCCAGAGAGGACUAGAUGAAGUGGCUGUGCAAAUGCAGGAUCUCAUAGUCCUUGGGCCACGGACCUUGAAGGUGUCCUGGACUAUGGAUGGCCCAGUCCAGCUGGUACAAGGUUUCCGGGUGUCUUGGAGGAUUGCAAGCCCUGAUGGGAGAAACUGGACAGUGCUAGACCUAGAGUCCCCAAAUCAGCAAAGUGCUGUGCUAAGAGGACUGCCCCCAGGGACCCAAAUCCAGGUCAAGGUGCAAGCCCAUGGCCAGGAGGGGCUGGGGAAUGAAAGUCCCUUUGUGACCAGGAGCACUCCUGAGGAGGCUCCCAGUGGCCCCCCACAGGGAGUAAUAGUGACCUUGGGGGGUGAUGGCAACAGCAGUAUCACUGUAUCAUGGGAACCUCCACUCUUCUCUCAGCAAAAUGGGAUCAUCAAGGAAUACCAGAUCUGGUGCCUAGGUAAUGACAGUCGCCUCCACCUCAACCAGUCUGUGGCAGGCUGGGCACGCUCUGCUGUGCUCCGGGGACUAUUGCCUGGCCUCCUCUACAGGACCCAGGUGGCGGCAGCCACCAGUGCAGGCGUGGGCGUGGCUAGCGCCCCGGUGAUAGUGCAGCUGCCAUCCGCGUCAGAAUUGGAGCCUGGACUCCAGGUGGGCUUGGGGCUGGCCAAGCGGCUGGCUAGGGUGCUGCGGAAUCCUGCCUUCCUUGUGGGCAGCAGCGCCGCCUGCGGGGCGCUGCUCCUUGGGCUCUGCGCCGCUCUCUACCGGCGCCAGAAACUGCGUAAGGAGCUCAGCCACUACACGGCCUCCUUUGCCUACACACCUGCAGUGUCCUUCCCACACUCUGAGGGCCUCUCUGGAUCCGGUUCCAGACCACCCAUCAGCCUUGGCCCUGCCUUGUAUCCAUGGCUGGCAGACUCCUGGCCCCACACAGCUCAAAGCUCCUCAGCUCAGGAACCUAGGGGAAGCUGCUGCCCCAGUAAUCCUGAUCCUGAUGACAGAUACUACAAUGAAGCAGGGAUCUCCUUCUACCUGGCUCAGAUGGCCCGUGGCCCUGCAGCACCAGGUGCGGGCCCUGCCUACAGCACCACUGACUCAGCAGGAGAGGAGCUUCAGACCUUCCACGGGGGCUUCCCCCAACAAUCCUCAGCAGAUCCAGGCACCUGGAGCCAGUAUGCUCCUCCAGAGUGGAGCCAGGGGGGCAUUGAAGCCAGGGGAGGCAAAGUGAAGCUUCUGAGAAAACCUGUGCAAAUGUCUUCUUCAAGCUGGCCAGAAGCUCUACCACCACCUCCCACUUCCUGUGAACUGAGCUGCUUAGAGGGGCCUGAGGAGGAGCUGGAGGGCAGCUCAGAGCCAGAAGACUGGUACCCACCAAUGCCUGAGAGAACCCACUUGGAAGAACCUAACUCCAGUGGAGGGUGCUUGGUCACCUUGCCCAGAGGGGAAAUCCCUUCUCCCACCCCCUCCUAUGGACAGCAGUCCACAGCCACUCUUACUCCCUCACCUCCUGACCCUGUACAGCCACCCACUGAUAUUCCCCGUCUCUGUCAGAUGCCCAGGAGAGUGAACCUUGGGCCAAGUUCCCCUCUUAGUGCAUCCCAGCCCACUCUGAGUAACCAUGAAGGAGGACUUGCUAGCUUGGUUUCUGGCCCUACAGCUUGUCAUCACCUCAACCCCAGCCCUGUUCCUAGUUCAGCCAGCAGUGCCCCAGGUGAAACACAGCAGGCUCAUAGGGAGAUGACUCCUCCACUUCAAGGACCCCAGACUCGAUUCCGGAAGAAACUCAAGGCUCUUCCCUAUAGACGGGAACACAGUCCUGGAGACUUGCCCCCACCACCCUUACCACCACCAGAGGAAGGGACCAGCUGGUCUUUAGGGCUGAGAGCAGCAGACACCAUUUCUUCGUUGGAGCGGGAAUGGAGUGGGGAAAGGAGAGCAGCCCAGGCAGUGCCCUUGGGUGCUCAGGAGUGCCCUCUCCCAGAAGAAGAAUCUUGGCCCCCAUACAGCAGGCUAAGCUUCCUGUGCAGAGGCCAGGGCACCAGCACCUGUUCUACCACUGGCAGCAACUCGUCUCGAGGCUCUGGCAGCUCUCGGGGUUCCCGGGAACCUGGACAGAAUCGGAGCCGGAACCGGAACCGAAGCCAGAGCCAAAAGCCAGGACAGAAGUGUCAAGAGGAACCACGAUGA